CGCUCGCCAGUCGCGCCGCGACCAGCGCCGACGUCGCACCGUUUGUAAUCGCGCUCCCGCUGAGCCGACCUAUGAUAUCAUUCAUGCUAAUCUCCGCCCGUUGAUUUUCCUGCCGAGUGACCGCAGUGAGACGGCCGCGAUAUCGCGUGUGCCGAAUGUGCUCGGACGUCGCCCGUGUACUUUUCCAUUGGAUACCGAGCGCGCCCACGAAACCAGUUCUGAGUGACGGAACGCGCCUUUGGAUGAGGUCUCCGUGUGAGCGUCUGUGACCCGCGGCCUGAGAUGCUGCGCCCGUGACCGUCUCGCGACAGUGCCACGAAACCACAUCCGAUGAUCUCGGCGAGCCACCCCGGCGAGGCGCUGGCCCAGCUGCAGCUGGGGCACCUGGGCCACCUGUACCCUGCGCCGCCGCCCGCCGCAAUGACGCCCGAGUUCCUCACACCCCCGCCGCGCCCCUAUCCGCGCUACGCCGCGCGCCGACCGCGGGACCCGCCCGCGCACACCGCGCCAGCGCCGCCGCCCGCCCCUGCGCCUCACCCUCCGCCCCCGGCGCCCUUCGCCGGCUAUGCGCCCUUCCUGCCGCAUGCGCCCUACGCCUACCUGUACGGCGCGCGCCCGCAGCCCCCUGCCGCCUACCCGUUGCGAGCACGCUCCUCCUCCGGUUUCGUGCCCCCUGCGCCCGCGCCUGCGCCUGCACCUCACCGUUCGCCGGCGCCCGUGCCGCACGAACAGCCACCGCCUGCGCCCGCGCCCGUGCCUCCCUCCAUAGAGGAGGCACCGAUGUCGCCGGAGCGGGGUGCACCGGCGCCGUACUUCUGUCGCGGCGCUAUGAUCCGGCUGGAGGACGGGUCGCUGCGGCGCGUGGAGGAGAUGCGAACGGAGGACUUCGUGAGCAGUGCGGGCCGCAGCGCGCACCUCGCCCUUACCAAGUGUACGCUGCUGCGCCUCGACGAGCGCGGCGACAACCUCGCACUCACGCUCACCUAUGAUAGGAACCGCACUCAGGUGGAGUUAGACUGGACGGUGGACAGGCCGUUCUUCGUGUACGGACGAGGCUGGGCAUCUUGCAAGCCGGAGCGCACGCUGGCGCGGUACGGCCUGCGAGUGCAGAGGCUGCAGGUCGGAGACGUCUGCGUGUCACUGGUCGCUAAGAGCCACACGGCUGCUAACGGCACAGUUACCAGUAAUCUGGGGGUUAAUAAUGUCACCAGCUGUCUACCAGCACCGCCACAGACACACCCAGAGAACCUCAGUGUGAAAGAGGACGCCCGCAAACGACGCUGGUCCGCCCCCGAUGUGAACGACGAUGACCGUCCACCGCUCAAGAAGCGUUGAGCGAACCAUACAUGUCAAAUUGUGAAAACUUUCCCGUGCGUUCGCUCGGACUUUGCCCCGCUCUAGCGAGGAGAUCGUGAAAUUCAUUAGUUGUAAAGGUGAGCCAAACUCACAUUGUAAUGUAGGUAAAAAGAUCGACCCAGUGACUUCGCGUGCGCAACGAUUUAAUUAAAUUGAUAGGCCUUAAAAUCCGUUUUCAUUCAAAAGAAAUAAUUUAAUUACAGAUAAGAAAGAUUAAUUUUUGAUUAGAUUUAAAAUUAAGAAUGACGAAACAAUUUACAAUUUAAUUUGUUCUAUAAAUAGAGAUGGAACGAUUUAAAAAUCGCGUGAAUGUGACAAAAUUUUCAGAGUUCCCGCGUUAUUUUGACAUGUGACAGAUUGAAAAUGGCCGGCAAUAUAUUUAAAUCGGUACGCGUGUGUGCGUUCGGUUCGAUGUAGUUGUGACAGCAAGCGCUGACCGUACGCUUACGUUCUCUCGGGGAACACCAGGUGCUUAUUUCUGUCGGGUGCUUCUAUACGCGUUCGUGUAAUUAAUGUAAAUAGGUAAAUUAAGUCUAUUGAAUAUUACACUCCAUGACCAAUGUUAUGUCACAAAAGUGCCGGAAACUUUAUACCACGCUGAAUACUAUAUAAAUCAUUUAUUUACUACCGCAAUCAGAGCUGUUAAGCGUCACUUAAUGACAGAUUAAAGUCUCUGAGUGCGGCAGAUAGAUGUAAAUAUGUUUUUAAUUCACUAAAAAUUUAAUACUUGUAAGUAUAAUUAUUUCAGCGGAUAAAAUUUAUUUUAAUAUUGGUUCUAAUAUUGUUCACAUGAAGCAUAAACCCAAAAUAGUAAUAUAACAUGGAGUACGAAAUAUCUGAAAGAGCACAAAAUAACAACGCGUAAUUUAUCAGAUCUUUAUACUAGGUUAGAUAUUGUGAUAAAUAAUGAGAUUUAUAUCGCCCGUCUCUGACAACUGGCGACGGUUAAACUUAAAGGUACAAUGAAUUGUUGCGAGAUAUCUUGGGUUUCCACUAAUGAAACACUAUACAAAACAUAUUAUCUUCUCUUUCAUUCUCUUUGAAAGAAAGAGAUAACAAUAGUUUACGUAUAAAAGUUUUGUUAGUGGGAAUAACGAGUGAUGUUGGCGUGUGCUUAAACUCCGAUUUAUCGAUAUUUGUGGGUUUCCGAACUAAACUUGGUUUUGUUUCGAAGCAGUCCUUUAGAUUAUUUUCCGGAUUACCCUGAUGGUUGUGACAGCGACAUAUCGUGCGCGGGUCGCACAAUUUGCAAUUCAUUUCAAGCGUUUCUAUUUCAAAAAACAAAUUAGAAAUUUCAGCGAGUACUUAGUAGAACAAAUGGCUGACUUCUUGAGAAAUAAUUUGAUUAUAUUGUUUAUACAUUUAUUGUAAAAUAAAAAUAUAUAAUGGUCAUGGUUAUUAGAUGCCAUCUCUAUUGGUUUUGACGUCCAUGUGUGAUACACUUAACUUUUCUACGAGAAAAUGUAUACAUAAUAAACACACCGUCUGUGAUAUUUUGUAGUUCAGAGUAGGUAUGAAGUAUUGCUUGGAAAAUAUAUAUGUUUUUAGAAUAAUAAGUGCGUUAUUGGUAAGGAGUCGUAGUUACAUACUCGGGAACGAUACGCUGGAUGACAAAAAAAAAUUUUGAUACAAAAUAAACAUAUAGCAACUGUGAUUAAUAUACAUAUAACGUUACACAGAUAACGACAAACACAUGGC